AUGGAGUCUCUUCAGAAGCUGGUGAUGGUGAUGCUGGUGCUGUCGAUCACCCUUGGCUGCGGUGAGAUCACCGUGUCGAGGGCUGAUGGCCUCUGCAACAUGACAAUGGAUGGUUUCAAUGCAUGUAAGCCUGCAGCCACUGGCCCAGAACCUACCGAGCCAUCUAAAGAGUGUUGUGAAGCCCUGGCCAAUGCCGACCUUCCAUGCCUUUGCUCUUACCGGCACUCGGUGCUGCUGCCAUCUCUCGGAAUAGACCCUGACCUUGCCAUGCAGCUCCCGGAAAAAUGCAAUCUCACUUUACCUGCCGAGUGCUGA